AUGGAGUUUGUCACAAAGACACAUUUAUAUACUUACAACGGUGUAAUUCUCUCUUUAAUCUAUGGUUUAGAUUUAUCAAGAAAUAAUUUCACUGGCAAGAUCCCUACCGAGGUUGGUCAACUGGACUACAUCAAAGUUCUCAAUUUGUCACACAACAAGUUCACAGGAGAUAUCCCGUCUAGUAUCGCAAACUUGUCACAGAUUGAGAGUUUGGAUCUCUCUCACAAUAAUCUCAGUGGAGUGGUUCCCCAUCAACUCAUGGAUUUAUAUUCUCUAUCAUCUUUUAGCGUGGCUUACAACAAUUUAUCUGGUACAUGUCCUCAGAUGAUUGCACAGUUCAAUACAUUCGAUCAAAGUAGCUAUGAAGGAAAUCCUUUUCUUAAUUGCACAUUACCACUCAUGACAACAAAUCCAUCAGUAGGACAUACAACUUCUGAUGAUGAUGAUGAUAAUAAUGAUGGAGAAGGAGGGUUCAUUGAUAUGGAGAGUUUCUAUGCAAGUGAAUCGAUAUCUUACGUCAUGGUUUUGCUGAUAACUGCAAGUAUUUUGUACAUAAAUCCAUAUUGGCGAAGAGUAUGGUUUUAUUAUGGUGGGGUCACCAUAACUACUAGUUAUUAUUUUAUGGUGCACUAUCUUCCUUUGUCGGCCAGAUACAAGGUGUGGGAACCUCGCAUAUAG